ACGGGCAGCAUUUGGUUGCCAUCAUCAUCAUCAACAACAUCUCUCGCACAAACACAACACAUUCAACCAGCGUACGAACGUCUGCCUGUUUAUAAGACGCUAUCUUCACAGCUCUCCUAUGUAUCUCUGUAUCUAUGUGUGUGUGGGCUAAAAAUAGCGCCCAAAAUCAAGUGAGCAACAAAGCAGCAGCAACACAAUAAACAGGCAAAGACAAUCAGAGCCAAAGGCCAAACCAUAACAGAGAGUGCAAAUUGUAUAAAAACAGACGGAAACCGACGAAUUUCACUAAAGUGCAGCAACCACAACAGGUGUUUCAGCUUUAAUUACGAAUUAAUCGACAAAACAUUUUCGACCAAAUACACACACACAUGUGUGUGCCUGUGUGUGUGUGUGUGCUUAACUGAUUUGCUGCUCGCACGUGCAACAAAAGAUGGUUGAAGAGUUUCUAGAGAAAUUGCCCGAAAUCGACACACGUUACGAGGAUAUUGUGCCCAUGGAACAAGUGAGCUCGAUGGUCUCCAACGGUGGCGGCAGCGUAACCAUGCAGCGCGACGAUGAAUACCGAAAUCGCAUCAUGAAAAGUAAUCUAGAGUCGAGUCGAAUAUCGGACCGCACGGAUAGUUUGUGGCAGUCGACAGCUGCCAGCAUGCCAGCAGCUGUUGGCCAGCAGCGGCAUGCAGCACGAUCAAUGCAACAGCAACAACAAUUCAUGCCACAGCACUCGCACCAGCACCAGCACCAGCGCACCAACGCCAACGGCCAACGUGCCAACACCUUUUCGAACAACUAUAACAACAAAAUGCUGAACAGCAACCACAGCAGCCAGCGCGAGAUAAGUGCGUCGCCACGUCGCGUGGCACUCGAUACAACUGCGUCUGGGUCGACGACAGGCUUUGGCUUUAGUCGAGCGGACGAGGAAAUCAGCGACAAGGCGUCGACAUGCGGCAAAUUGCUUAUAUUUCUGUCCGUGGCACUUGUGAUAAUGACGCUGCCCUUCAGCCUGUUCGUCUGCUUCAAGGUGGUGCAGGAGUACGAGCGCGCGGUUAUCUUUCGCCUGGGUCGCCUUAUGCAGGGCGGUGCCAAGGGUCCAGGCAUUUUCUUCAUACUACCCUGCAUUGAUUCAUAUGCACGCGUCGAUUUGCGUACUCGCACCUACGAUGUGCCCCCACAGGAGGUUCUCACAAAGGAUAGCGUUACGGUUUCGGUGGAUGCAGUGGUUUACUAUCGCGUAUCAAAUGCAACCGUCUCUAUAGCGAACGUGGAGAAUGCUCACCAUUCGACCAGACUACUGGCACAGACUACUCUACGAAACACAAUGGGAACUCGGCAUUUGCAUGAGAUACUCAGCGAGCGUAUGACGAUUUCCGGCACCAUGCAGGUUCAGCUCGACGAAGCGACCGAUGCUUGGGGCAUCAAAGUUGAACGUGUUGAAAUCAAGGAUGUGCGUUUGCCCGUGCAGCUGCAACGCGCCAUGGCCGCCGAGGCCGAGGCAGCGCGUGAGGCACGCGCCAAAGUUAUUGCCGCUGAGGGCGAGCAAAAAGCAUCGCGAGCGCUGCGUGAGGCAUCCGAGGUGAUUGGCGAUUCGCCGGCAGCGCUGCAGCUGCGUUAUCUGCAGACUCUCAAUACCAUAUCCGCGGAGAAGAACUCAACGAUUGUUUUCCCGCUGCCCAUCGAUUUGAUAACAUAUUUCCUGAAGACUUCAGAGGCUACCACGCAACAGAAUGCGGCCGCCGCAGUUGCCGCCCAGCAGCAGCAGGCGCAACAGCAACUCAUGCAGCAACAGCAAUAUGCGCAGCCGAUGCAGCAGCAGCAGUUUCAGCAGCAGCCACAGCAGCAACUGAUGUCACCGCCGCAGCAGCAACAGACGCCACAACAACAACCACAACAACAACAACAACAAUACCAGCAAACGCAGCAAAUUUCAUCAGCUAUGUAAAUGACAAUGGAUGCGUUUAAUAAAAGUUUCGGCAUAGCCGACUUUUGAAUGCGUUGCACGAGAACAGAUGCGAGAUAGCAAGGAGCAAGCUGCGGUUGGUUGCGACCGACUGCAUGAUACUCGUUCAUGCCGCAAUUAUAGUUAAUAAUAUUGGGAGAUAUAGAAGAUGUGAGAUCAGAAUUAAUAAAACUUAGAAGAAAGUUCAAGGUUUUCUUGAGACAAUUUGUAGAGUAUUAGAAAGAUCACUAGCUUAAAACAAAAGAAAAGAGAGUAGAAAGAAACCCAAGAGAACGAAGAGAACUUGACAACAGAGAAAGAAGAAAAUCUUUGUAGCUUUAAGAGAUAUUUUCUUAUUCGAUUUGCUAUGCCGGCAAUUGCAGACCUAUAUUAACUUACUAUACUAUCAGACUUAGAUAAAUAUAUAUACGUAUAUAUGCAUAUGCCUAGUAUAGAUCAAGGUACAUAUUCUACGAAGCCAAUAUACUUAUAGUCAAAACGUGAACGAGUAUCAAAUAAGUAGUGAAACUUAUGUAAGCUGCGCCACUGCCAUGUUAAUUAACAUAGCCUUAACAGAAUGUUAGCAGCCUUACAUUAGAGCAUAUACACUGUCUUAAGUGCAGCGCAGUCGACACACACACACACACACACUUACACACUCUCACAACAAAAGUACUGCAUACAACGAUUCUGUGGAGAAUCAAAAAUAACAAAAACAAAAAUUUAGUUCUAGACACCAAGAAGUGCGAUUCGUAUGCAUUCGUAUAUAAUAAUAUAUACAUAGAACAGAUCUAGGUACAAUACCUAAUUGCCCAGAUGUCGGCGAAAGCUAGUGAAAAUUCUAAAACCAACCAGUUUUGAGAAUAUUAAAAUGGAUUAGCUGUCAUCAACUAAUACAUUUUGAAAUACUCAAAAAUGGUUGGUUUGGUUUUGAAUUUUCGUCAAAUCUAGUUUUCCGGCAUAGUUUUCAAACAGUUUUUGAGGCACAUAUAUUAGAGAUGUUUUUGUGUUUUUGUAAAUGUUUAGACGAUAAGCGAUGUUAAUAAGAAGAAUGCAUUAGGUAAAUUUCUUAUAUAUAUAUAUAUAGUAUAUAUACUCAUAUUGCAUUUACAAAUUGCUCUAUAGCUGUUUGUGCCAAUUGUGAUGGAACAAUUUGUAGCGCAUCGAAACGAAGGAUAACGAAGAAUCUAUAACUGUAUGGUAAUACACACACGGAAUACUACAUAUACAUAUAUAUAUAUAAUCGCAUCUACUGACAUAUAUGUAUAUAGAAAUAUAUAUGUAAACAGAGUUCAUCUGAUUUGUCGCAGUCAGCACAGUUGAACGGAAUUCGCUUUCAACAGCUGCCUUAUAAGUACGAUAUGUAUAUGAAUAUACUAUAUACGAUAUAUACAGACCCAAAGGAAAAUCAAUACAAAACAAUACAAACGUUAUCCCGGAACGUUCUCAUAUACAAUAAAUAACUGUAAUACGAAUUUAUUGUACAUACAAUAUUCAGAAAUCGAUAAACCAGGACAGAACUGUUUUAAAACAUAA